GUGUUGCACCCUAGUGGUGCCGAGUCUGUUCGGUCGACCGGCGCGGCGGCGGCGGAGUGAUUCGCGGGUCCUCAGCUGUUUCCCGCCAAGACCGCCAUUUACAAAACGCGUUGUUCGGGCGUUGUGUGCGCGCCGCGAGUGGCUGCUGUCCCGUGGACAAUACUGCCGUCGACAGAAAAAUAAUCAUUCUCUCAGCCUAGUCCCAGUCUCCUCUUUUUCCCUCCCCAUUGCCCGUGUCCUCCUGUGCAGUAAGUAGUGUGACUAGUAGCAGUGUGUGUGCAACGACAACUUGCGAUAAUUCGCGAUUAUUCAGUGACGUGCGAGUUUCAGCUGGCCGGAUUUUCCGUGCCGGUGCUGGAACAACCGUGAAAAUUUGGUGCGCGGGGUAGGUGCUGUGGAUGGAAUUAGCAAGAUAUGUCAGUGUUGAACAGCCAAGACAGGAUUUUGCUACAGGAAAUUGUCGAAACGAGUCCUGAGGAGCAGGAGGAUCCUCUUUCUAGCAACGGCGACUUUGCGGACGAGAGUUCGGUCGCUGCUACCGUUUACCAAAGCGUUGUUGGGCGAGACGUGCUAAACGGCAACAGCGCCGGGGGACUUAAUCAGGGCAACAUUGCAAGCAGUGUGGGCCGGGCGCCAUCGCGCAGUCACAUGGAGCAAGAAAAGCGAAUGCGGCGAGAAAUCGCCAACAGCAAUGAGCGGAGGCGCAUGCAGAGCAUUAAUGCCGGCUUCCAGUCGCUCAGAACCCUGCUGCCUCAUCACGAGGGAGAAAAACUGUCAAAGGCUGCUAUCCUUCAACAGACUGCAGAAUACAUUUAUCAACUGGAGCAAGAAAAGACUCAAUUGCUGUCUCAAAAUUGUCAGUUGAAGCGGUUAGUAAAUCAACAUGAGGGCGGUGAUGUGCCGAUCAAGAAGCGUAAAGCUGAAUCUCAAGGUGUUGUCGUGAGUUUGCCGGUGCACGUGAACGAGAGCGGUGACGAGGGUUUGGGGAGCAUGUCGCCAGAACCUUUAUCAGUUAUUACGGUUUCCGCGGACGGACAUUCUGUAGUGAGCAGCAGUGAAGUUAUCGAGCUCAGGCGGCAGCUGGAGCGAGAGCGUCAAACGAGAAGUCACCUAGAAAAGCAAAUGCGAGCCAUUCAAAAUCAACUCUACCCUGACAGGUUCAGGGACAGUCAACUAAUCGCCUAUCAACCUCACGAGGUAAUUGAGCACACGGACAACGUGCUGGCUCAAGAGACGGAAGAAGCGGUGGCGGCUCUGCAAGUGGUUUCCGUGGUGUCGCUACCUCCAGUGGGAUCGACGCAGACAGUCGAAACUACGACCCCAGACUUGAGUUCGCCGCCCCUCUCGCCUCAACCUGUGGAGGUUGUCGCGGAGGAGAUCAAGGAGGAAGGAAACUCUCAGCCCAGCAGUCCCAAGAUGGUCACGUUCGCGAGUCAGAUGUUCCCACUGAUUGAGGAACAGUUGGACUCGUUCUCUCCCACGAGGUUGACCUAUGCGACCGAAUCUGGCAACUCGUCCGCUCAGUACAUCACCGGUAGUCCAGCCAGAUCGUUUUCUCCCGAGGAGGAGCCAGAGGAGGAGGAAGAGGAGGAGGAGGAAUUGGAGUUGGAAGAGGAGGAGCAACAGUUGCGACAGCAGCAGCAGCAGCAACAACAAUUGCAGCAGCAGCAGCAAGUAGAGGAAGAGGAGGACGAAGAUGGUGAGGAGGAGGAAGGUGAGGAAGAGGGUGGUGUUGUUGUGGAAGAUGGAGAGGAAGGGGCGGAAGAGGAGAAACAGCGGCUGCCGAGCGUACUGGAAGCUGCGAUGAAUGCGGAACCAAAAGUCGAAGUGGAAAGGUUACCCUCGCCAGCCAAUUCUCUGGACGACGGUACUCCGCAGGCGAGGCUCUAUCUGGCGAACACCUCAAGACAGAAUUUGGAAACAAUAGUGGAGGCGAUUCGCCACCUGGAGGGUGACCACCUGUUCAGCGAUGAGCCAGCUCAAGACGUUCCUCUGGCUCUGACGAAUAAACAGGCGGCAGCAGCGGCUGCGUCGGCGUCUUCGACCAAGCAGCGACUUCUUCACGCUGAAGUGAACAACUUCCUUCAAUUCCACUCGCAGCAACAGACUCAGCAGCAGCGACCUGGCGUCAUUGUCGUCAAGCACUCGUGAUCCGUUGCUGCCUCGCUCUCGAAGCAAUCGAAGCACUCGAAACAGUCGAAGCAGUUGAAGCACUAGCCGCAAAAGGGACUCGCAACUGGUCUUCUUGGGCGGAAACUCAAUAUUUAAACCGGCGGCGCAGUAGUUUCUCCUCGCGAAUUCAAACCCCAGGAUCCUGCAAGGGUCCUCCAAGUCUCUCCUCAGACUCUGCGAUUGAGACUUUAAUCGGCUGACAGUCCCCCGAAGGAGAACAAGUCUUUUUUUACUAGUUUUCAAGAGCUCCAAUUCGCAAGACGCAUCCGUCGUUUGGAGCAUCUCCGAGAACAAAGGCCUUGAGUUGAGAAUCAGCUAAUACGGACCAAGUCCGUAGCCACUACGUCUAUCUUUUUUCUUCUUUUUCUUUUUCUUCUUCUUCUUCUUGUACAUAAACUUCCGCGAAUCAUCUUCUCGAUGUUUCUCAACCCGAAUCUCGCAAAUUUCGUCAGAUGUGUCUUGUUGUGAGCCGAGAUCUAAAAGAAAGCUGUGAGAGAGAGAGAGAGAGAGAGAGAGAGAGAGAGAGAGAGAGAGAGAGAGAGAGAGUGUGUGUGUUAGUGUGCGUGUGUGUGUAUCUCUCCUAGACGAGUAUAAUUGGGCUUUGCCUACAAGGGAAGAUUACCACAAUAAUAUUUCUAGUUUGUACUCGUAUCGUAUAUGAUGUAUUAUAAUAUAUUUACGUUUUCUUUUUUAUAUUGUUACGGAAAUAAUCUUAAUUAUUUGAGAGUGAGUGAGUAAGGAGUGAGUGAGUGAGUGAGUGAGUGAGUGAGUGAGUGAGUGAGUGAGUGAGUGAGUGAGUGAGUGAGUGAGAAUAGAUGUUGCGGCGUGUGUGCGCAUGUGUGUGUGUAUUUUUCUCAAUGUCUUCGACGUAACUACAUACUAGAAACAAGUGCAAAUAAUAAUCAAAAUAUAUGUGAAUGAUUGACUUUGAUUUGUUAAGAUUCCGCCUUGAGAUGCUUGACGUUUUUCUUCAUUUGCGGCAGAUGGAGCAGGGUACAAAAAACCAUCCAAGUCUGUUGUCUGUUUGCUCAAACUGUCCCUGAUCAACUUUUAUCUCCCAGGUUCAAUGUUUUGGAGAGGCACUUUUGAAAGUUUUGUCUACCUCGGAAGAGUUUUUGCUGUGGCAAAAGUUGGGCCUGGGACGUGUGGCUUUCCGAGGUAAAAAGUGAAAAUGCUUGCUACACGCGAAAGGGGAAAAGUGUAAAAAUUGGGGAACUAGAGGCACAGGGCACCGAGUGGCAGUGCAGUCACGUGGAGAGCAAAAGAGAAAGCAACACUUGCACAAUCAGUUUUUUCGGGCCGGGUGCGGCAACCAGUACAAUUUUUCCUUUCACCGUAUAUCCUGUGUUUUUUGACGCAUUCAAGGGCGUGGAUCUGGGUGGACGAACAAAUUCUACACAAUAAAUAAUCAGUCGUGUCUUGACUCUGCCAGCUGGUACGAGCAUCCGAAGACAGCCAUGAUGCAGAAUUUUGCUCGUACACACAACUUGGUCCACACGUCUCAUCCAAUUGACCGCUCUACUGCUGUUUGUUGCAUCGAAUCCGGCUUUUGUGUGCAGUUUAUAAAGUGUGGUGAUAAAACAUGGGCACUGUUGGCAGGGCAUGUGCACUGUGCAAUUCCACUCCUGUCGACUUCUUCUCGUUCUCAUACUUUUCCACUCUCGCUUUGCAGCUGAUAUUUUAUUUAAUUUUUCUCUUCGAAACGCCGUAUAGGAGGUUGAGCCCUUGCAGUCCUUGCCGCAGCAAAAUCGCUUUGGGGCUGUGUAAAAAAUGCGUGACUCAUUUUUGUGCCAAGUUUAACCCCCCUUCGCCUCCCCAAUCUCAUCCCGUCCCGUCCUCUCUCACAAAUAUUUUUCUGCAGUAAGUGUAUGUGAUUUUAACACUGGCGUUAGACUCACAUUGGACCUCCCUCCGACGCAAAAGUGUUGCACAUUUUUUGAAAUGUAGAUUCUGCGAUGCAAAAACCUCUGCAAAAACCUCUGCAAAGUGCCCUCUUGAAAUUUUGAUCUUGAGAGACAAGAACCCAGUGGAGACUCGAGCGACCCUGCGGACUUGAACAUUAUUUGUUGUGUGCCGCCUCAUCAGCCUUCAAGUGACACCUUUCGCAGACAACAGUUUUUCUCGCAUCUUCUGACUCUUGGCUCCCCAAUGUUGGCAACAGCACACCCCCAAAUACGCGAGAGAUCGUCUUCUUUAAUCUGUGCCAAAUGUGGCAUGUCAAGACUCUUGUUUCCUCCACUAAACACAGGUACAAUAUACAGGCGAUUUGUCCGAUUGGCCUCUGUCACUUUUCUCUCUCAUUUUCUGAUCCUUGGCACCCCAAUGUGCACCAGAUUUUGUCUCUCUCAGGAUUUUGUGACCUCGGACAGAAACCCUUGCAGCAUCAUGCGGGUGUUUGUCCGUCCGUCCAUCCGUUGUAUUUUUUUCG